GAAGAAGCCGUAUCGAACGGCUGUGCUCGGAAAUGCUCUCUGCUGGGAACAGCGUAUCGGCCACAGGCCGAGGAUCAUCAACCCCGUUUCUUGACGAAGAUUCAAGCUACAAAGUCGUCCUGCCUCGUCUACCAACCGGUAACGACGUUUUGAAUUCUGUUUUCCUUCAUGCCGACUUGAGUGGUAGACCGUAUCGUGCCCCAGACUUCCGUGACGCGCUGCUCGAAGUGGUGACCACUGCAGACAUCAUAGGUGUGGGACAAUAUCAAAUGAGCCACGUAUGGAUGGUUACGUGUGCAAGCAGCGCGGCGAAACAGAAACUUGUCAACCGUGGUGAGCUCCGUGUAAAAGGGCGGAAGUGCAUGGUGAUAGACCGGGAGACCAAGAACAUUAAGCUAAAGAUUCUAUGGCUUCCACCUCAUCUUGAAUCACGGCGUGUGGAAGAGGCGUUCCAAGCUUACGGUGUGGUGAAGUCCGUUGACAGAGAGGCAUGGAGGUGUGCUGGUAUGGAGCACUGGAUGACAACAAAUAGGGAUGUUGCCUUGGAGCUCAAGGACACCAUCACUGUGAGCUCAAUACCGCAUAUUAUGUCUAUCUACGGUCACCAGUGCCUAGUACUUAUUCCCGGUAGGCCUCCGCUGUGUCUUCGUUGCAAGCGAGUGGGGCAUGUCCGCCGACAAUGCAAAACACCGAGGUGCAUGCAGUGCCAUCGAUUCGGUCAUUCGUCGGAUGCCUGCGUGUCGACUUACGCCAGCAAGCUUCGUUCUGGCCAAUCUAGCGCAGAAGAGCCGCAUCUGGACCAUCUCAUGGAUGCUACGGAGGUAGUUGAUGCGACAGGAGAAGCAACGGGAGAAGCAGUAGGUGACAUAAAGGAAGAUCAACACUUGUCCAUGGAAGCUAUGCCCAGCAGCCAUAAUAACACUGCUAAAGACAUCAGCGAAGACAUCAGCGAUGAGAUUACUGCAGGGGAACACUCCCUGGAAGAACUUAAAGAAAAGCCUCCUGAUGACGAGGGAGAAGAAGAGGCAAUGGAUAGCAGCCAGACCAGGAAACGUCCGGCACCGCUCAGCGACGAAGCAACAACAAGUGCGUCAGACGCAACAGAGCAAAUGUCCUCUUGUGGCCCACGUGUCGUCUCGUUUGGGGACCGAGGGUCGCGCCGCCUAUGCCAGCGUCCUCAAGAAAGUGCUGCUAAAAAGUGCAAAGGAGGUAAAGCCACAGGUUGCCCUGUGGCUAAAGGCGACCAACAAAAGCUUUAA